AUGACAAACUACAAUAUCACAGUCACCAGUGACAUUGUAUGUCCAUGGUGCUAUCUCGGCUUUUCUCGGCUCUCGCGGGCCAUCACUGAGCAUAAAAAGACGUAUCCCGACGACACCUUUCACUUGAAAUACUUACCAUUUUAUCUGAACCCACCACCACAGCUGAUCGCAGGUAGUGGUCCGGCCCCGCCACCUUUCCCGGCGCCAUCGCGUCCAAGGCGCGAAAUGUACGCCGCCAAAUUUGGGCCCGAGCGCGCGAAGCAGAUUGAAGCCAUGAUGAGCCAAACCGCUCGCAGUGAAGGUUUGGAUUUUAAAUUCGGUGGGAUGACAGGUCCCUCGAGAAACGGACAUAGGCUUGUCCACUGGGCACAGGUCAAAGGAGGCGAGGAAUCCCAGAAUACGGUUAUGUUGGGUCUUUGGAGACGCUAUUUUGAGCAGGAGGCUGAUAUCACAACUCUCGACACCCUCGUCGAGGUCGGUUUGGAAGCUGGACUGGGCACCAAGGAGGAAAUCACCGAGUACUUGACCUCUGGCAAGGAUGGGGAAUUGGUCGACAAAGAAGCAGAGGAGGCCCAUAAGAAGGGAAUCUCGGGUGUGCCCUUCUAUGAGAUUAAUGAUAUGUGGGAGGUGUCGGGGGCACAGGAUCCCCUCGCUUUCAAGAAGCUGUUCGCGAGGUGGAAGGAGUUGGAGGCCAAUGGACAAGUGCCUGUGGGCGAUGCUGGUGGGAAAACAACCGCUGGAAAUGGUUGCUUGUGA